AUGGAGGAGCAGUUGUGUGGCUGGCUACGCGUGUGCAUAGUAUUUGGUAUUUACAUGCGACCACCGAAUGAUCGAGUCGGCGACAUCAACGGUAAGGCGAGCAUACGCUCUACACGUCAACUUCUCCCGCCGCAACAACUCUACAUCUGCCUCAUUGCAUUGACACUCUGCGCACUCUACAUACACGGCCUGUGCUGGUGUGGCAGUCUGCCCACACUGCAGCUCACCUGGGUCGCCAGCCUCAUACUCUUCAGCUUUCAAGUGCUCACAAAUUUUCUUAUACUCAUGGAGACUGUGUGGCGUCACCGCCAACACGCCGCCUUUCUACAGCUUCUCGCACAGAUUGAGGUCGCGUUGAAGCUACGCUUACGCCAGUGUACGCACAGUGCGGCGUUACAGCGUAAUUUGUGUUAUAUAAUCGUUCGCCUCGUAGUUUUCUCACUCGUCACGCUGAUACUCUUCAUGAUCACCUCGAUUUGGUUGAAUUAUAUUGGUUUCUUUUGGAAUGGACUCUGGUCCAUAUUGACGAUGCGUAUACGCGUUAUACAGUUACUAUUGUACGUGCGUAUGUUGCAACAUUACUUGGAGUGUCUCUGCGUGAAAUUGCAACAAGUCGUCGAAUUCCAUGUGUCGCCACAGCGUCAGCUGUUGGACAUUGAUUAUAGCCGUUUGACUACGGUGGAGUACCUGCUGGCCAUAAAGGAGGUCUACACGCUUAUUCAUGACGCAUUUCAGCUACUCAACUACUGUGCUGGCUGGUCGCUCUUUGGCAUUGUGGUGUGCUUUAUGUUCGAUGUGAGUUGUAAUGUCUAUUGGACGGUGUUGAGUUUGGACAAUUGGCAGAAUCGGCGUUAUUAUUAUAUAGCGGGACCAGUGGCUCUGCUGCCGCUACUUGUCAUUAUUUGCUAUUUAUGCGUUUUGUGCGGCAAAUGCAAGGAGUUGGUAAUUUUUCGACUUAAAAUCUAUAUAUUUUAA